AUGGGAAGUACAGUCGACGACAGCAACAUCUCUGACCCGGCGACACGUCUCGACGCGUCGGAGGUGAACGGCCAUGAUGAUCGUCACGUUGACGCAAAGCUCUCAAUCCCGGUCCUCGGCAAGGUCGAUAGCUUCACCCAGGUCGCGUUGGCGGGCAUCCCGGAGUCCGUCUCCGCCGACAGAGUCGCAAGCCCUACCCCACCGGAUACCUCUUCUACUGACGAAAUGGACGCCCAAGGCGGUGCCGAUGCCCCGCUCGCUCUUGCAUGUGAGGAUCCGGACCCUGCCGGGGCUAGUAGCGACCACACGACAGGCGAUUCUGCGCCAUUCCCUGCAGGCGAGACCGUGGGGUCGUCGGCGGACCCAAUCGUCGAACAACGCUCGCCGUUACCGAUUAUCACAACAUUCGGUGUAGCGACGAAUAUCGCGUUCGAAUACCCGGAGAUCGCUAAAGACGUCCUCGCGCUUACCAUUGGUAGCGAUGCUGAAGCCCUUUUGGGGCACAAAAUCAAGCCCAGGUUUUCGGCUGACCGUCAAGCAUCACCCGAAGCCCAACCUACAGCAGAAGUGGUACAGACUGUGCAGCCUACUUCUUCGCAACCUCAACCGCUCUCGAGCGCCACAACUCAGCAUGAUGCGUCCAAAGCUUCUCGUACGUCUCGCGCCAAUCCUCAACAAGACGGACCGUCCGCUGUGUCCUCGUUACCCUCGCCUAGGCUCUUCGCACUGCAGGAUCACGGUCCGUCGUCUCCACAUCAACACGGUGCUGCAGCCCAGCACCAGAUCCCGCAGGCGCAAGGCAUCGACUCCGACUGGCGGUCGCGUACUCGACAUCAGCAUCAAACCAUGUCACAGCGUCGUCGUGCUCCGCCUGCCUCGCAAAAUGCUCAGAACACUAGCCGCAACCAUAGUCAACCACGUCAGAACACAUAUUUCGCGUCAUCCUCGUCUCCAGGUUCGACUGUCGGCGUUGGUGCCUCUCAUCCUGGUGCUUCUCUGCCGCCAUCGCCCUGCAUACCUUCGUCUGAUUCCGAGGUCUGGCGCGCGAUGCUCGACGAGUGCAGAGCUCGCAACGCCGCCGGCAUAGCCGAUGAAGUCGAUAGCACACUACCUCCAUCGUCAGGGCCCCCAAAAGUGGAACCCAUGCAGCGGCGACGCCCCUCUGUGCCAUUGCCUCAGCCGAGCUCGCCAGGCGACGAAGCCUCGAAGUGGAAUGUCUACACCGACUACCGCCUCCCGCAGUCUAGCGCCGGGUCAUCUCCUACCAACUGCACCCCACCACCUGUCCAGUCGCCCGCCGACGUCUGGUCUCCGCUCCAAGCCAACACUCGCCGCACUCCUCCGCGCGAGCAGAGAGUGAUCGACAGUCCGCAAUACUACCCCAGCGACGUCGACGACAUCCGUCUCGCGUACGAUGUUAAUCCUGAAUACCAGUAUGCGCCGUCUGAGAACGCUUUCUACGACAAUCAGGCAUACGUCCACCAGUUGCAGCCUGCUCAGACGCCCCAAUAUCAUCGGCAGGUUUCGCAUCAGCAUCAACAGUACGCGUAUGCCCCGCGUGGCGGACCUGCUCGUCUCAGUGAAGAACUCCUCGAGUCUGUGUCUUCCAUGCGCGUCCGCACUCCAUCUCAAAAGGAUGUUGCUGCUCUUGCUUACGCCCACGCUGCGAAAGUGCUCCGCGCGCAAGGGCUCUACUCCACUGCUUCCCCCGAUGGCUCUCAUCCCUCUGCUCCGCGCACUGCGCCGCCUCAGCAGGCAUUUCAGGCUCAUCCCGGCGGACCAGGCAACAUGCACAGCACUGCCAACUAUCGCCCGCUACCGCGUCAGCCUCAGCCAAGCGUGAGCGACCAGUACUACUCGCAGCGGCCCAUCGAUCUCGCCAAUGGACCGCCUAUCGACCUCACCCACGGUCCACCUUUCAGCUCGAAUGUUAGUCUCGGCGAUGCGUACGGUGGUCCUCCGCAUCCUCCUCUGCCCGACCGCCGCAGUGCAGACCUCCAUCACAGAGGACCGCAGCAGAUAACGCAGGAGGAGGUGAAGGCAAUCCUAACGAGGCGUCUGAUGGAGGUCGCGGAGGACGGUGGCUACGUGCAGUAUGCUGGAGCGCCUCAGCAAGGUUAUCGAUCCGACGACCAUGGUAGCAUACAACAGAGAUGGUGAUGUUCUCUUCUCGUUCGGGUCUUCCGUGAAUAGCCCCCCUUUGCUGUUUGCACCGAUGCUGACGGAAGGCGCAGGUCAAGCUCAGCGUUCCUUGCGAGAGUGCGCGCAGACGUAUCUGCAUUAACAUGAUAGUAAGCGUUCCCACUGCGGGAGAUCGCCAAUAAAUAGAUCACAACGAGUGUAUGUACGAUAGCCAUGGUCCAAUUUCCCUUGAGUUCCAGUUUUUAGUUGAAACCAGCGCCUUGCCUGAUAGCAUCGAGCAAGAUAUCCUCGUAGUCACCGCCAGCUUCCCAGAUCGCGAAGCCGCGGAGACCCUUGGUUUGAAUGAACUCGCCCUUGGCCUGGAAGGUCUCCUCCGAGUCGUAGCUGAUCAAGACCUCCGUGGUAGUGUUGUAGACGUAAGCUGCGGAAAUGGUCAGACGCUGGAUGCAUGGCGCGCGGGUCAAGU